UUUAACUAACACUUUACCAUUGUUCUGACAACAGCAUGAUGAAGUUGCAUGUUUUUAUGGCUUGUAGACAGAUGAGUCUCCCGGCAGCUAUCUCCUUCCGACGUGUCCUGGACUGUACCGAAUUUCCCGACAUCACCAUAUUUAGAAACUGGCCUGUUACUAAACGAAGGUCAGGUCAGGGGUCGGGAGGUCGGAGGUCGUCGCGGAAGGACCACCACCACAAGGACUUCAUGGUGGCCACGCCCGACGAGUUCGUGUCUCGCUUUGGGGGCAACAAGGUCAUCAGCGAGGUGUUGAUAGCGAACAACGGCAUCGCUGCAGUGAAGUGCAUGCGGUCCAUCCGCCGCUGGGCCUACGAGAUGUUCCGCAACGAACGCGCCAUCCGGUUUGUUGCCAUGGUGACGCCAGAAGAUCUGAAGGCCAACGCAGAGUACAUCAAGAUGGCGGACCAGUACGUGCCAGUUCCGGGCGGCGCCAACAACAACAACUACGCCAACGUGGACCUCAUCCUGGACAUCGCCAAGCGGAUUCCUGUGCAGGCGGUGUGGGCUGGCUGGGGCCAUGCCUCGGAGAACCCGAAGCUGCCAGAACUCCUGCACAACAACAACAUCUCGUUCAUCGGGCCGGGCGAGUCCGCCAUGUGGGCGCUGGGAGACAAGAUCGCUUCCACCAUCAUCGCACAGAGCGCCAACGUGCCCACCAUGGCCUGGAGCGGCAGUGGGUUGAAGAUUGAGUGGAGCGAGGAGGCCAUGAAGGCCGGCAAGUCCAUCGAGGUUCCGCAGCAGCUCUUCAAACAGGCAUGUGUCGAAACUGCAGAGGACGGCAUCAAGAGUGCCGCAGCCAUCGGGUACCCUGUGAUGAUCAAGGCGUCGGAGGGGGGCGGUGGGAAGGGCAUCCGGAAGGUCGAGACGGAGGAGGAUUUCCCCGCGGCGUUCCGACAGGUUCAGAACGAGGUGCCCGGCUCGCCCAUCUUCAUCAUGAAACUUGCUAAAAGUGCCCGUCACCUGGAAGUGCAGCUAUUGGCUGACCAGUACGGGAACGCCAUCUCCAUAUUUGGGCGUGACUGUUCUAUCCAGCGCCGACACCAGAAAAUUAUCGAGGAGGCACCGACUACUGUGGCCCCUCCUGACAUCUGGGACAGGAUGGAGAAGGCUGCAGUAGUCCUUGCUAAGAUGGUGGGCUAUUUUAGCACAGGUACAGUGGAGUACCUCUACAGCGAUGACGGAUCCUUCUACUUUCUCGAGCUCAACCCAAGACUACAGGUUGAGCACCCCUGCACAGAGAUGGUGGCCGAUGUCAACCUUCCCGCUGCUCAACUACAGGUAGCCAUGGGCGUUCCCCUGUACCGGAUUAAGGACAUCCGGCUGCUCUAUGGGGAGGACCCUUGGGGGGACACACCCAUAGACUUUGACAGCCCAGUACACAGGCCGGUACCGAGAGGUCAUGUCAUCGCCGCCAGGGUCACCAGCGAAAACCCAGAUGAGGGAUUUAAGCCCAGCUCCGGGACCGUACAGGAGCUGAAUUUCCGCAGCAGUAAGAACGUGUGGGGGUACUUCAGCGUGUCGGCCAGCGGAGGUCUGCACGAGUUCGCUGACUCGCAGUUCGGACACUUGUCCUUCUGGGGAGAGUUCCACACGACUGAAGAGAACAUGGUGAUAGCACUAAAGGAGUUGUCCAUCCGAGGAGAUUUCCGCACGACUGUCGAGUACCUCAUCAAGCUGCUGGAGACCGACACCUUCCAGAAUAACGCCAUCAGCACCGGCUGGCUGGACAGGCUCAUCGCCGAGAAAGUACAGAACAACGCCAUCAGCACCGGCUGGCUGGACAGACUCAUCGCCGAGAAAGUACAGGUGACCCGCCAGUCCCCCAGCUCCUACUUCCUUAUGAUGAACGACUCCACCAUCGAAGUCGACGUGCACAGGUUGAGUGAUGGUGGUCUCCUCCUGUCAUUCGACGGCAACAGCUACACGACCUACAUGAAGGAGGAGGUGGAUCGCUACCGCGUCGUCAUCGGCAACAAGACCAUCGUGUUUGAGAAGGAAAACGACCCGUCCGUGCUGAGGUCUCCUUCAGCGGGGAAGCUGAUCCACUACCUGGUGGAGGACGGAGGUCACGUGUUCAGCGGGCAGGCUUAUGCCGAGAUCGAGGUCAUGAAGAUGGUCAUGGCGCUCACCGUCACCGAGAGUGGAUGCGUCCAUUUUGUGAAGCGAGCUGGAGCCAUCCUGAGCCCAGGCAGCGUGGUAGCCAACCUGGCCUUAGAUGACCCCAGUAGAGUUCAGCAGGCACAGGUCUUCACUACAGGCUUCCCCACACAUCACAACGUGGAUCUCAAAGGGGAGAAAAUCAACCUGAUUUUCCAGGAUGCGAGACAGAAGCUGGAGAAUGUGAUGAGAGGGUACUGCCUGCCUAACCCAUACUUCAAACAGAAGGCCAAGGAGUCAGUGGAGACCCUGAUGCGUUGCCUGAGAGACCCCACGCUGCCGCUGUUGGAACUGCAGGAGGUGAUCUCCACCACCUCCGGCCGCAUCCCCGUACAGGUGGAGAGGGCAAUACGGAAACACCUGUCCACCUACGCCUCCAACAUCACCUCAGUACUCUGCCAGUUCCCCAGUCAGCAGAUUGCGACAGUGAUUGACAGCCACGCAGCCACCCUGCAGAAGCGCGCGGAGAGAGACAACUUCUUCCUGAACACGCAGACGAUCGUGCAGCUGGUGCAGAGGUACCGCAGCGGGAUCCGGGGACACACCAAGACUGUCGUACAGGAUCUCCUUAAGAUGUACCUCAAGACGGAGUCUCAGUUCCAACAUGGUUCGUAUGACAAGUGCGUGGCUCUACUGAGGGAGAAGAACAAAGACAACAUGGAGGAAGUUCUGGCCAACAUCUUCACCCACUCACAGGUGGCUAAGAUGAACCAGCUGGUGAUCAUGCUGAUUGACCACCUGUGCGAGCGAGAGCCGGGCCUGACCGACGACCUGACCAGCAUCCUCAGCGAGCUCACGACCUUGAACAAGACGGAAAACUCCAAGGUCGCUCUCCGAGCCAGACAGGUGCUGAUUGCCGCCCACCAGCCGUCGUACGAGCUUCGCCACAACCAGGUGGAGUCCAUUUUCCUGUCAGCCAUCGACAUGUACGGCCACCAGUUCUGCCCCGAGAACUUACAGACCUCUCCCAGCGGCCGCGUUAACGUUCCCGCCGGACUCUGUAGCGAAAACCUCGUUGAAGAGAAACUGAUCAUGUCUGAGACGUCUAUCUUCGACGUGCUGCCGAGUUUUUUCUACCACACGAACCGCGUGGUGCGCAUGGCGGCGCUGGAGGUGUAUGUGCGGAGAGCGUACAUCGCGUAUGAGGUCAUGAGUCUACAACACCACCAGCUGUCUGACGAGACAUGCGCUGUCGAGUUUCAGUUCAUGCUGCCCGCCUCGCACCCCAACAGAUAUGGGCUCUCCCACAGGUAG